AACAACGUGCUGUGUGAUUCACAGAUCCUUGUCAAACGGUCGUCAAGUGAAGUUCGUGUUAUUUUCCGAUAAUUUGUCACGUGGGCGGCGAAUGGCGUGGAAGUGCCGCGUGAACAGCGAGUCUCAAAUUCGCCUGCAAUCGUUUAAUAGUUAACGCGACGGAUGUGUUACGAGAGGUGCGGCGUGCGUACCCUCCCGAGAGUGCGUGAAGCGGUGUCUGACCGCGAUUAAAAGUCUGAUGCAGCCGUGCCGUCUGCAUCCCGCGUACGCAGUUUGUUGACCUAACUUUCAGAUAAUGAGGUAGAUAAGGGAGACGGCGGGAAAAAACAUAUUCCGCUGCUGAAGACGGCGUUAGCGCCUCAACUUUCGUCAUCAUUGUCGUCGUCGUCGUCGUCGUCCACAUCCGCCCACAUCUUAUCCGCCGCCGCCUCCUACUUCAGCUCAUCCCUAUGGCACCAGCCUUUUUUAUCAUGUGUGAUUAAGCACGGGCCAGCGAGAAGUUUCCAAGUAUUUGCACGCUCGCGACACGCGGUUGCAGAACAAAGUCGCAGCUUCGCGACGAGACGGUCUUCUCUUUCCUUUUUCUUUCGCACGCCAGCGCUUUUUUUCUUGCGAGCUCCCGCGAUUUUAGCACGCGAGUUAGUGAGAGAUUGCGAUCGGGCGGUUCAUGUCGCGAUACGGUGCCACCAUGGGCUUUGGAAGCUUACGGGACGUAAAGGACGACAGUAUGCGGCUGUGCUGUUCGAGAAAGGACGAGGCUGACUCGUUGCAGCCGGGCCUGGAAAAUGGAGCUGCGAAAGGUCCAUCAACGGGGAGCGAUGUGGAAAAAUUUGGAUUGUACCAGAUGGCGAUGUUCGCAUUUAUUAGCAUACCGUUGAUGCUGUCGGCAGGAUUUACGCUUGCUUAUAUAUUUACCGCGGGCGAGGUUAAAUACAGAUGUUUAGUGCCGGAAUGCGAGCACGCGGGGAACGCGACGUUCGACCCGCUGUGGAUCAACGCUUCCGCCCCGAAAACCGAAAACGGGGCCAUUUCCGGUUGCACGCGUUACACGGUGCGAGAUGAUCGUUCGGGUACAUGUACGGAAGCGUCAUUCACCAACGUCACUCGCGACUGCGAUUCUUGGAUUUACGAUCCGGACGAGCGUACGAUACUCAACGAGUGGGGAUUCACCUGCGACGCCAAUCGAUGGAAACUCACGUUGGUGGGCACGAUACAGAAUACCGGUCAAUUCGUCGGCUUGAUGUUCGCCGGAUACAUAUCUGACAGGUACGGGAGACGAACCUUUUUGACGCUGUCGACGUUUCUGUCUGGAGUCAGCGGCUUGAUACAUUCCUUCUCCGUGAAUUAUUGGAUGUUUCUCGCAUUCGAAUUCCUCGAUGCCACCAUGGCGGCGGGAAUUUACAGCGCGGGAUUUAUUCUAGGAAUGGAGACGGUGGGAGUGAAAAACAGAGUCUUCGGGAGCACCAUCAUCUGCUGCAUGUUCGCCAUGGGUGAGAUCUUCCUGGGAUUGAUCGCGAGUUGGCUAAGAUCUUGGCGAACGCUUCUUAGAGUGAUAUACGGGCCGGGAUUGCUAGCCAUUCUCCUGCCUCUGUUCAUUCCAGAAUCAGUUAGGUGGCUACUGUCAAAGGGUAAACACGACGAAGUAGAGAAAAUAUAUCGUAAAAUAGCUCGAAUGAACGGCCUGCAAGUAACGGACGAGGCCAUCAAUUCGUUCAAGGAGUUAAGUGUACCUAAGGACGAAACGAAAAGCGAGCUAGUGAUAUCGGACGAGAGGAAACCGAUCGUGCAAGUUCUACAUAGCUCAGUGAUACUCAUUCGACUGUUGGUCUGCUCGUUCUGCUGGCUCACGAACACGUUCGUUUAUUACGGAUUGUCGUUGAAUUCCGUGGCGUUCGCCGGGGAUAAGUACAUCAAUUUCGUGCUCGUCGCGGUGGUCGAGAUACCGGCGUAUUGCCUCGCCUGGGUGCUGACCGAUCGCAUUGGCCGUAAACCAACGCUCUCAGGCGCGUUCCUGCUGAGCGGGGCGUUCUGCCUCGCAAUCCAGUUCGUACCGACAGGAGCCUGGAGUUACGGGCCUUUACUUUUAUACAUGGCCGGAAAGCUGUGUAUCACCAUGGCGUUCGGCACCGUCUACGUCUACACGGCGGAGCUGUUCCCGACAACGCUCCGGCAUUCCCUGCUCGGAAUUUGCAGCAUGACCGGCCGCGUCGGGUCAAUCUUAUCGCCGCAAACGCCUCUUCUGGCGCAAAUAAUGCCUUCGCUGCCGCUCAUCCUGUUCGGGUCCAUGGGCAUGAUCGCGGGCGUCCUGUCUCUGAUUUUCCCGGAAACUUUAGGGACGAAACUCCCGGACACUGUGUGGGAAGCAGAGAGGAUCGGCAAGUCAAACGGGAGUCGCAAAAUUCUAGGUCUUACCACGCCAUCACGCCAGAGCAGCAGUGUAGAACGCUAAGACGCGUUAAGUCUUUCUUUCUCUCUCUCUCUCUCUCUCUCUCCCCCUGUCUCUCUCCGUGCCGGAAGAACGGCGAUAGCUUUUAAAAGUUUACUAACGGUGGCGGCCCCGAGAUGCACCCGGUGACGCCAGAGAUAAGGGGGUGGCCUUCACGAGACUCGACUAAAAUACACGGGGGCGCACAAUUGAUGGGAAGGAGGGGAAUGGCGAAAUCCCGCCGUGCUCGCCGCAACAACGAGCGCGACGCACGCUCGCAGAUUUUAUCUGUCGGCGAUUUGAAUAAGCACGGCAUAUUCCUCCCCGUAACUGUUUACCCUCCACCGCCGCCGCUACGCCCGUCGUCAUUUGUCUUACUCCCCGCGUUUAUCCACGCGCGCGCGCGGAAGAGAAGGAUUAUAAUAUCUUCUAGUAAAGUCCUGGUGUUCCCACGGUAUCUCGAAAUCUUCCGAAAUCUCCUCGACGUGCAUGCGCGUGCAAUUCGCGAGGUGUUAAGUGGAAACAGAUCGGAUUUCCGCUGGUCCGUCGUAUUUACGAUAUUUGUAUACCUUCAUCACGCGCUAUCCGUUGCGCGAAUCGCGAUACUCGCGCGAUGUUGAAAAUGGAUAGAACAGAACGUAGUAAUGUGAGCUCCUUGCUGAUAAUAUAGGCCUUAUUUAAAAUUAUAUUAUAAUUAACGCUAUUUCUUGCGAAGGAUUUUUAAUUUGUUCUCAGCGCAGGUGUCGAAGUUGUGAAACAGUUGCCGCUACGACUGACGUAACUUUUUUUGUUAACAAUAGAGUUAUCUGUUACAGACGUACGUCAAAGUUUUGUCAAUUGGUAUUGAGUAUCAAUACAAGUUUAACGUGGUUUAAAGUUCGUAAUUAACGACUUUGUACCCUAUAUCAAUUCUCAGGCUGCUGUUCUUCUGUUUUAAAUAAACUUGAAUAACUAUGUUUUCGCUAGGAUAUAAUUAAGUAAAUGUAAAUUUUGAUAAUAUUUCUAUAUUGGACCCCAUAACGGUAUUGUGGGUCUCAUAGCGGUAUUGUGGGUCUCCGGCCCACAUUAUAGAGCGUUUUAGUUAAAAAAUUUUGUGGUUUUUUUUAAAUAAGAAGAAGAUACAUUAUCGCCAACCAAAACCGAAACCGAAGUCGAGAUUAUGGACACCAAACGAUAUGCGUAAGGCUAUUGCACCUGUGCGAGAAGAAUGAGUCUGAAGAGAACGGUGAAGGAAUUUACAAUACCUAGAACAACUUUGCAGCGAACUAUACUGAAAUGUGAACUCUAUUAUAGAAGAAAAUGGGACGAAAGGGAUGGAGAAUUAUAACUAGCCCGUCUUUUUCUAUUGUUGUACUCUUCGAGAACAAUAGAAAACCAAUCAAAAUUCGCUGAACAGAGACAGAAAUGAUCCCUAAUCAACCCAUCUUUUUCUUCCUGCUGCCCAUGUCCGGGCGUUAAGUAUGAUAUGUAGUUUACAUUUAUAGUAUAUAGUUCACUGGCAGCGAUUUGUACGUGACGUUAGUAUUCCUAUCGAAGUUUUGAUAUCCAUACAAAAAGCUGUAGAAAGAAAGUCUGUUUUGCAAGAGCAUUUGGAAAACAAAUUAGGAAUAUGGUAAUUAGAUGACCAUUAUGGUGAAAAGUGGUACAGUGUGCCAGCUGUAAUGUGGCUCAGCUGUUGGUAAUGUGGGCUCACACUGCAUGCGUUGGAGCGGAAAAAUUACUUUAUGUGAUUUUUGCACAUAAUAAAUUUUAUGUAAUUGUGUAGAAAUUUGUGUAUUGGUAAAUUGGCUUCGGCCCACAUUACUAACACAGGAGAGGGAGGGGGGGGACUCACUUUACCACUACAUCCCGAUAUUUGCGCGUCAUGGUUUCUUUAUUUAAAUAAUUUUUCUUAUUAUUUAACCAUCUUUUUCUUCAUUUUUCAACUGUGUUUUAUGUUAAAGCAUCAUCCUCAGUCCUAUUACUCGUGCCCGAGCGUGGUGACUUCUCUUCAUAUACAUGUGUUGCGCACGUAGAUUAUACACAUUGUACAUGGGACUUACAGUUCAACGCCGAUUCCGAACGGCUAUAUUUUUUAGAGAAAUUCUCUUGGCGAGACAUACUCUCGGUGGUUUGCCAUUGCCUUCCGAGAGGAGAAUGAGCGAAUAAAAUUUUUCUAACUCUACCGGGAAUCGAACCCGAGACCUUUGGCUCAAUAGACCAGUGCGCUGUCUACUAGGCCACGCUCGUCCUCAGAGUUAAAGCAUUUGAUGUUAAAUUUAAAUUAAUAAAAAAUAAAAAUUUACACAAAAAGAUCAAAAUGGAGGUCCAUAUUACCAUUUUUUCCUCUACCAUUCUUAAAAAUAAAUCGCGGCUCAUUUCACCUAAUUAUUUCGCAAAGUUCACAGCACGUAUGAGCGUGGUAAAGAUGUAUGAAGAAAAAUGCAAAUGUCACUGUUCUAUAUGUGCCACCCCGUGAUUUGCUUUACGUAGCGAUGCGCGGACGAUUUGCACGUACAUGGACCGCCAUCGCGCACCUGUCAACGUAAAACAUUCACAAAACAUCGAAUGUUCACCAUGUAUGUUAUAUAGCGUAGUUUGACCGUUCAGUAUAUGACACGAGCUUUAUUUUUACUCUGAGCUCUUGGUAUUUUCAUCUUGUAAUUUACUGACGUGACGUAAAUUAUAUCCGCUGUUGAUUCGUUGUGGUAAUUUAGUUUCAAUUAUUCUCACGACGUAUAUGUGUUUGAGUGUUAUGCGUAUCUUAUGUGUAGCCGUUUUUAGUUUUACUGUAAUUUCUUAUAUGCGCAUAUACAAUAAUGGAAACAAUGGCGUAUCUAAUGAGAGU